AUGGUUCCACCAUUACCUGUUAAUCACGACGGCAGCCCUCAAUACGAUAUGAGCAAUUCGGACACAUCGGAAUCAUAUCGCUACUUGUCCAAUGAAGAAACAGAAUUAGAGACUAACCUUGCGACUGCUGCCACUUUUGCUGAUUUAUCGUUUAUAAGACAUGGUGCCCAAGUUCUUGACAAUUGGGAUACAAAUGAUUCAAGACCUAAUAAUAUGGAUGCUACCACGGACAAUACAAAGCUUAAAUCAGGAGAACUGGUCAAUGAUGAUAAAGGUCUGCAUUCUUCAAAUAUCAAGCCAAACAAUAUACAUAAAAGACGCGACUCAGGAUCAUCUGCGAAAUAUCAGGCAGACAGUGAGAAAUCUGUGGUUGAGGAUAAAUAUGAUGAAUCCUUGAAUUUGAAUGCGACGGCAGAAUAUUCCCCCUCAGUCGCUAAGAAGGAUAGGAAAUAUCAAAAAAAGAAAAAUAAGAAUCUGUAUCAGCUAAAUGACCCCAACGAUACCACUCUCAAUAACAAAGAAAAUAAUGAUCCUUCUCUAAUUAUGCACUCAACCCCAUUAAUCAAGCCACUGGUAGUGGACCUGUACCCUGAGAGCAUUUUAAAGAAAAGCGGAGCCCUGAAUAAUGGUAAAAGGAAUGUUUCCUUUCUGCUCCAGCAAUCAUUUCUACCCUCUAAAGAGAAUGAAAAAGACGCACAUCCCAUUGAUAUGCUCAAACUCCGACAGUUGGCUCCUUCUGAUUCAACAACAAAAAAUGUACUUAAUGACAAUCCUAGAGAUAACGAAAUUGAGACAUUAUCUCAUGAAAUCGAAACUCUUAGGAGAAAACUAGAGCAGAAGCAACUUCAAUUGAAGCAAGUUGGAAUAGAGAAGAAGUUGGAGGAAAAAAAUGCAUCAAAUAACGGCAGGAAGGCUAUUUCCAUUGAUACCGUACCCACUUUGGGAAAAAUUGAUGCUAUAACCGGGAGGUCAGUGUAUGAAUCUUUAGACUUCCCAGAUAUAGAUGAACUUUCACAAAUAGAGGCCCAUAACAUAUUAAAGAACAUCUGUCUCAAGCUUGAAGUCCCAUUCUCUGUAUUGCCCAAGACAGUGGUAAAUAUUCCUGAUUUGUGCAAGUCUGAGCUGCAUUUGUUGAAUUUCGCCAGUGGCAUACACAAGAUCCUAUAUUUGAGUCAUUUACGGGUGCCUAUCAUUGAACCAAUACCAUUUCAAGAGAACAGGAUGAAGAUAAUAGGAAUAGGCAGUGGUGUAACCAAGAAAUCAAAAAUCAAUUUUCUAAAAUGUCUAAACCACAUGCAGGAGGAAAUUUAUGCAAUGAAUAACUACAUAAAUAAGGUUGAAUAG